AUCAUAAUUUGCAAACGUCAAAAGUGCGAAGCGUAGCGAUCGCGAGUAACGACGACCGAAAGGAAAUCAGGCGGUGUGCGUUCCCAGCAAAUUCUAUCCAACUUCUGUAUCUGCCAUCUAGCGCCAUCAUUCCCGUGGGACAAGUGUUUGUUCCGAAGAGAAGCAGACGUAAAAUAAUCCGCCUCACAAAGUAAAAUGCAGUGCAACGUUCGGCAUUUGGUGAAUAUAGCUGCCAAGGGCAAUGCAGCCGCCAGUCUGCGCAACCACGGAGCCAUUCUGGGCGCUCUGUACGGUCGCUUUUACUCGACAACACAUGAUGCCGACCUGGUUGUUAUCGGUUCCGGACCGGGUGGGUACGUCGCUUCCAUCAAAGCCGCUCAACUCGGCAUGAAGACUAUCUGCAUCGAGAAAAAUGAUACUUUGGGCGGAACCUGUCUGAAUGUGGGUUGCAUCCCGUCGAAAGCGUUGCUGAACAACUCCCACUACUACCAUAUGGCCCACUCAGGUGAUCUGGCCGCACGUGGCAUUCUGGUCGACAAUGUCCGGCUGGAUUUAGCUGCCCUGAUGGAUCAAAAGUCAAAAGCUGUCAAAUCCCUCACCAGCGGCAUCGCUCAGCUGUUCAAAAAGAACCAGGUUACCCACAUCAAUGGGAUUGGCACCAUCACCGGACCAAACACGGUCGUAGCGAAGAAAGCGGACGGCAGCGAGGAGACUGUCAAUGCGAAAAACAUUAUGAUUGCAACCGGUUCCGAGGUGACUCCUUUCGCAGGAAUCGAUGUUGACGAGGAGACGAUAAUCUCUUCGACGGGUGCCUUGAAGCUGAAGGAAGUCCCGAAACGAUUGGGUCUGAUUGGAGCUGGUGUUAUCGGCUUGGAACUCGGUUCGGUGUGGUGCCGAUUGGGAUCCGAAGUGACGGCUAUCGAGUUUUUGCCAACAAUUGGCGGGGCCGGUAUAGAUCAGGAGGUUUCCAAAAGCUUCCAGAAAAUAUUAACCAAGCAAGGUUUUAAAUUCCUUCUGGGCACGAAAGUUAUGAGUGCCAGUCGGACUGGAGGCGGAGUCUCGGUCAGCGUUGAAAACGUUAAGGAUGGUAAGAAACAAGAUCUUGAGUUUGACGUUCUGCUCGUUUCCAUCGGGCGUCGGCCUUACACACAAGAUCUUGGUUUGGAAAACGUUGGCAUCGUUAAGGACGACCGAGGCCGUGUUCCAGUGAAUAGCACGUUUCAAACGAUUGUGCCCAGCAUCUACGCCAUUGGUGAUUGCAUUCACGGCCCGAUGUUGGCACACAAAGCUGAAGAUGAAGGCAUAACAUGCGUAGAAGGAAUGCUUGGUGGACACGUCCACAUCGAUUAUAACUGUGUGCCCAGUGUGGUGUAUACUCAUCCCGAAGUUGCCUGGGUUGGCAAGAACGAAGAGGAACUUAAGAACGAGAACGUGUCUUUCAACGUAGGUAAAUUCCCGUUCGCGGCCAAUUCACGUGCCAAGACCAACAAUGAAACCGAUGGUUUCGUCAAGGUGCUAGCUGACAAGCAAACUGACCGCGUAUUAGGUGUGCACAUUAUUGGACCGGCUGCCGGUGAACUGAUCAACGAGGCCGCCCUUGCUAUGGAGUACGGUGCAUCAGCUGAGGACGUCGCCCGUGUCUGUCAUGCUCAUCCAACUUGUGCGGAAGCGCUGCGAGAAGCCCACACAGCCGCCUCCUUUGGAAAACCUAUCAACUUCUAAUUAAGUGUGUACUUUAAAAUCCGCGAUAUAAUACAUUUACCUAAAACGCGCUGAUAUUUCGUGCAACGGAGGGUGCUUAUAAAGCCGUUCCGAGUGCUCGAGGCAAGGCCGACAGCAGCAACAUUGACACAAGAAAGAUCACGAAUUCAAAACGAAUAUCAUUUUUCCCGUUUUCAGCCAGAACAGAGAAGAUUGUAAAUCGGAAUCACAUUAUUAAGAAAGCAAAUAUACAGGCAAGUCUAUCUAUAGUCAGCGUUUCUCCUCUCUGUGGCAGUUAACGAACAACAGCAAGCAAUUCUGCUAUUUUGUAUCAAAAAGCGCAUGGAGCCUAUUAAAUUAUUAUUUUAGAUACAAUCUAAA